AUGUGCAAGCCCUGUCUUCAUGCACUAGGGUUGGAGGGUGAGGGUCGUGCGGACGUGCCGGCAGGGGUGUCUGAGCAACAGGAUCACGGUCAUCCAAACAAACGCCUCUGGGCUCCUUUCAUUCUUCAGAUAGCCUCCGUCCAGGUCCAGCAGAGCACAGUUUGUGUUCCAGUCCGGGCCAGCGGCAUGUCUGUCCCACAGCAGCCCUUCUCUCUUGACCGCUACCAUGUCUCUGAGGAGUACGGUUUCAUUCUGCCUGCUCCACUGACAGAGUUGCCACCAUACUACAAGCCGUGGAUGGACAUUGCUCAGAAUAUCCCCAAGCUCAUCCAAUCCCACUCUCUGCGUUCCCAUGUCCAUGCGAUGCCCCUGCUGGACUCCCGCUUCCUGGUGAGCCAUAAAGAGUUGCGGCUUGCACAUCUGGCCCUCAGCAUGAUGACCAUGGGCUACGUGUGGCAGGAAGGUGAAAGCGGUGCUGUGAAGGUGCUGCCCCGGAACCUGGCGAUACCCUACUGGGAUGUAUCUCAGCGACUAGGGCUUCCCCCAAUCCUCACUCAUGCAGAUGGAGUGCUGGCCAAUUGGAGAAAGAAGAACCCAGAGGGCCCCUUUGACAUGGAGAACCUCGAGCUAAUUGCUACCAUCCCAGGAGGGGAGAGCGCCCGUGGCUUCUUUAUGGUGACCCUGUUGGUGGAGCUGGCGGCAGUGCCUGGCCUCAGGGCCAUCCCGACGAUAAUUAAUGAAAUGCACCGCGGGAACAAAGAAGGGGUGACGAAUGCUCUGGAGGAUAUCACACAGGCACUGGGCAGCAUGACAGAGGCGCUCAAGUUGAUGCAUGCGUACGUUGACCCGUCUGUCUUCUACGGCAUCAUGCGGAUGUAUCUGUCCGGGUGGAAAGACAACCCCUCGAUGGCGGAAGGCCUGCUGUAUGAGGGAGUACGAGAGGAGCCCAUGGAGUUCUCCGGGGGGAGCGCUGCACAGAGCAGCUUGCUCCACUGCUUCGACGAGCUGCUGGGGGUCCGACACGAGGGGCACAGCGGUGCUUUUCUGUCCCGAAUGAGAGAAUACAUGCCACCUACCCACAAGCAACUCAUUCACGACAUUUCACGGAGCAUUUCGCUGCGGGGCUACGUCCAGAAAGAGGCAAGUGUCCCACUCACUGAAGCAUACGGACGCUGUGUGUCCCAGCUGCUGGCCCUGCGCAACUACCACAUCAAUGUAGUGGGCCGUUUCAUAACAGUGCCUGCCGCUCGUGCCCGCCAGCUCUGUGGCCAGGGGCAGCAUGCUGAGGAGAGGGCCCUUGCUAAAGCCCCUACUGCCCUGGAAAACAGGGGCACCGGUGGCUCCGGCAUUAUGAGCUUCCUCAAAACUGUGAGAGACCGGACCCAGGAGGCCCACAUGACAGCCCCCAUUCUACUCCCAUCCUUGAGCUGCAGGGCUGACAACUAACAAGGUAGUCAGCUGUACUGCAGAUAUGAACUUAAUGCGGAUUCCGCCAAGAGUCAGAUGUCACAUUCACUGCACUAAAAAUGCUUGAAAUGAAAAUGUGAAAGCCGUUCUAUAUUGAGAUAGUUCUUGUGGUGAAGAAAUGCUAAGGUUCAGUGAGUGAAUAAUUUUAAAUUAACGUUGUGUGUGCACCAUCAGGGCUAAGAGACACGAUGAUUACAAACCAAACCACAAUCUAAACCAUAACUCAAUGAUUUCUGCAUAAUUCAACCACUAAUCUCUUCAUUUAUUGUAAACUGCAAUGUGGAAAACAUUCUGUAUGCCUAACCAAAGCCAAUUCCCAUCAUACCAAACCAUUUGAUUCCUGGACACCAUCUGGUCACCACAAGAAUGCUCCAAGAUACAAGAAGUGCAGCUAUUUUUAGAAACAGCUGCGAAAAAUUAAGUGGAGAACUCUCUGUGUAUUUGUCGCAAAGGAGCUACGGCAUUCUUCAACACCUAGCAGGACUGACACUCAGAUGUGUCCCUCCGCUUCUUGUCCAGGUGAGUCAGCACUGAACAGCAGUACUGCAAGGCUCCAGGAGAGGGUAUCGUAACACAUUAAAUACCCAAGAUGUUACACGAUCAACCCACGCGCACACGUGCACACGGUUCCCACGGGGAACUCGUGUUUUUGCCGGAACUUUUGCAGCAGCUUAUGGCAAACAGAGAUUUGCAGGGGUUAGGACAAACUUUUUGACAGAAUUAGCACACUUAACUACAUAGAGACAGGUAAAAGUAUAUCAUUAGACACCCAAGUGUAUAAUGAUA